AUGCCUUUGUCAGACAAGUUGUCUACUGGUACGGCGCGGGUGCAUCCAGUUGCUCAUGACUCUCCAAGGCACUUUUUACACGAUCAAAAAGAAAUUCGCCAUCUGGAAGAAAGUCGCGUGAAACAUUUUUUCAAAAAGUAUUUUUUGGAAGGUAAUGCAUCUUCGAGGUAUUUAAACCAAUCAAUGUUCAGGGCAGCGGCUGAAUGACAAGCUCCAGGAGAAGAUUGCGACUCGUGGGAGGGAAAAUCUGCCGUUUCACGAAAAAUAUCGCAAAUACUUUGCAUUUUUGAUACCAUUUUGCUUCUUCCAAUUGUGCUGGUGGUCGUUGGCCAUACGGAAUGAUCUUUUUGCGCUGUACCCGACAAGGUACGAAAUGGCCAUUACGAUGAUAUUGGGAGCUCUGGUGUCAGGUCAGUCUUUGAGGGUCGACUUUUGACAAAUACCUGGAAUAGAAGGCUGUGCUUUUCUUCAAAAAAUCCCAACAACUUUAAUUUUAGGCGCUACAUCGGAAGGUGGAGGCGCUGUCGCAUUCCCUGUCAUGACGCUGCUCCUUCAUAUUCCUUCAUCCGUGGCAAGAGAUUUUUCGCUCAUGAUACAGAGCUGUGGAAUGGCUGCGUCAUCGUUUACUGUGGUCUACAUGAAGGUCAAAGUGGAGUGGCAUUCGAUCGUAUUCAGUAGUCUUGGCGCGUUUUUCUCGAUAAUUAUCGGACUGCAGUUCCUGGACGACGUCAUUGAUGGUGCGUUUUAGGUUUAAAUUAUUUGAUAAAUAUUGCAUCGUAUAUUUGCAUGCCGGCUUUUUAUAAAUACCUUUGGCAAAAUUCCGAAUACUUUCAGGAAGUCAAAAAAAGAUGGUGUUCGUCUCGAUUUGGUUUGCAUUUGCUAUAUCGUUGCUUAUAUUGAACACUCAACGAAAGCGUAUAACUUACGACAGUAUUCCCAAUUUUGGCCCCAAAAAAGCUCUUAUUCUUUUUGCUACCGGUUUGUUUGGCGGAUUGUUGAGCGCGUGGACCGGCUCUGGAGUCGACAUUUGCUCGUUCUCAAUGUUAACUCUUCUUUUUCGGGUAGAGAAGCCAAUUUUUACAUAGUACGUUUUUUCGAACGUUGUAGGUGUCAGAAAAAGUUGCAACUCCGACUUCGGUCAUUUUAAUGUGCCUUAACACUUGGGUUGGUUUCUACUGGCGCCAACUAAUGCAAAAGGACGUGUCACAGCUGGCCUGGGAGUACUUUUCGGUUUCGGUUCCGGUAGCAAGCACUUGCUCUCCGAUUGGUGCACUACUUUCCUCACAUCUGCAUCGACAAGUCCUUGCAAGCUUUGUGUACAUCCUGGAAACCACAGCCUUGAUUGGAUUCCUAAUUACGCGGCCGGCAUGGUACUUAAUUGUGAUUGGUUUUGGAAUUAUCGCUGUAGCGUAAGUUAGUUGUCUCUGAUUGGCAGUUUUAAUGGAAUGAUUUUAUUUUGGAACUAUAAAACUUUAGAGUCCUCUUCUUCCUUAUAAUAAGUCGGGUUGGCCGCGAAAUGAGCGACCGAAUCGAAGACGAAAAGACGCAGCAAAUGUCGCCGCCGACAGCAUCCACAGACAGCACAAUAUUUACGGUCGAGCCGGCGGCAUGA